AUGACUUCCUCCAUUUUACACCCGCGAAGGGGGCACACGCACACAAUCAUCUGGCUUCACGAUCGGAAUACUUUCGCUGUAGAAUUCUUCGUCAAACUCUUCGACUGCGAAGCACCGCAGCCGGAAGGCUUGCCAAUCGCUCUGCCUGAUCUCUUCCCUACGGUCAAAUGGGUAUUCCCCCAAGCGCCGCUUCUGCGCGCCGACCAGUCUAACAUCGAAAACAUGUCGCAAUGGUUCGACUUAUGGUCAACUGGAAACCCACGAGCGCGACCAGAAUUGCAAGAGCCCGGCUUGCGAUCCAGUAUCACCCAGAUCAUGGACCUCAUCCGACGAGAACCGUUACCUAGCCAUAAGAUCUUCUUGGCGGGAUUCGGCCAAGGCUUCGCAACUGCGCUUUCGGCAUUCCUUACAGCUGGCGGUCUACAGUUCGCCGGAUUGAUCGGCCUCUCCAGCUGGCUACCUCCUUUCGCCGAGCGCCAUCUUCACACGUCGAUGUACCCCGUAACGGACGAAACUCCGGUGUUCCUGGCUCAUUCUGUGGAUGACAGAGUUGUGUCAAUUAGCAAUGGGAAACUUCUUCGGGAUACUCUCCGUAUCCAUAUGGGAUCGGUAGAAUGGAAUAAAUACACGAAGGGUGGUCAUUGGAUCAACGAGGAUCAGGGAAUUGAUGAUAUUGUCACAUUUUUGAGGGCUAAUAUGUAA